AUGGUCCAGCUGGGGAAGCUGCUCCGCGUCCUGACUUUGAUGAAGUUCCCCUGCUGCGUGCUGGAGGUGCUCCUGUGCGCGCUGGCGGCGGCGGCGCGCGGCCAGGAGAUGUACGCCCCGCACUCGAUCCGGAUCGAGGGGGACGUCACCCUCGGGGGGCUGUUCCCCGUGCACGCCAAGGGUCCCAGCGGAGUGCCCUGCGGCGACAUCAAGAGGGAGAACGGGAUCCACAGGCUGGAAGCGAUGCUCUAUGCCUUGGACCAGAUCAACAGCGAUCCCAACCUACUGCCCAACGUGACGCUGGGCGCGCGGAUCCUGGACACUUGUUCCAGGGACACUUACGCGCUCGAACAGUCGCUCACUUUUGUCCAGGCGCUCAUCCAGAAGGACACCUCCGACGUGCGCUGCACCAACGGCGAGCCCCCGGUUUUCGUCAAGCCGGAGAAAGUAGUUGGAGUGAUUGGGGCUUCGGGGAGUUCGGUCUCCAUCAUGGUAGCCAACAUCCUGAGGCUCUUCCAGAUCCCCCAGAUUAGUUAUGCAUCAACGGCACCCGAGCUAAGUGACGACCGGCGCUAUGACUUCUUCUCUCGCGUGGUCCCACCCGAUUCCUUCCAAGCCCAGGCCAUGGUAGACAUUGUAAAGGCUCUAGGCUGGAAUUAUGUGUCUACUCUCGCAUCUGAAGGAAGUUAUGGAGAGAAAGGUGUGGAAUCCUUCACGCAGAUUUCCAAAGAGGCAGGUGGGCUCUGCAUUGCCCAGUCCGUGAGAAUCCCCCAGGAGCGCAAAGACAGAACCAUUGACUUUGAUAGAAUUAUCAAACAGCUCCUGGACACCCCCAACUCCAGGGCCGUCGUGAUUUUUGCCAACGAUGAGGAUAUAAAGCAGAUCCUUGCAGCAGCCAAAAGAGCUGACCAAGUGGGCCAUUUUCUUUGGGUAGGAUCAGACAGCUGGGGAUCUAAAAUUAACCCACUGCACCAGCACGAAGAUAUUGCAGAAGGAGCCAUCACAAUUCAGCCCAAGCGAGCAACUGUGGAAGGGUUUGAUGCCUACUUUACGUCCCGCACACUUGAAAACAACAGAAGAAAUGUGUGGUUUGCUGAAUACUGGGAGGAAAACUUCAACUGCAAGUUGACAAUUAGUGGGUCAAAAAAAGAAGACACAGAUCGCAAAUGCACAGGACAGGAGAGAAUUGGAAAAGAUUCCAACUAUGAGCAGGAGGGUAAAGUUCAGUUCGUUAUUGAUGCAGUCUAUGCUAUGGCUCAUGCCCUUCACCAUAUGAACAAGGAUCUCUGUGCUGACUACCGGGGGGUCUGCCCGGAGAUGGAGCAAGCUGGGGGCAAGAAGUUGUUGAAGUAUAUCCGCAAUGUCAAUUUCAAUGGUAGUGCUGGCACUCCAGUGAUGUUUAACAAGAACGGGGAUGCACCUGGUCGUUAUGACAUCUUUCAGUACCAGACAACAAACACCACCAACCCUGGCUACCGUCUGAUCGGGCAGUGGACAGAUGAACUUCAGCUCAACAUAGAGGACAUGCAGUGGGGUAAAGGAGUCCGGGAGAUCCCCCCCUCGGUGUGCACACUACCCUGUAAGCCCGGGCAAAGAAAGAAGACGCAAAAGGGAACCCCUUGUUGCUGGACCUGUGAGCCCUGCGAUGGGUACCAGUACCAGUUUGAUGAGAUGACAUGCCAGCAUUGCCCCUACGACCAGCGACCCAAUGAAAACCGAACCGGCUGCCAGGAUAUCCCCAUCAUCAAACUUGAGUGGCACUCCCCCUGGGCUGUUAUCCCCGUCUUCCUGGCAAUGUUGGGGAUCAUCGCCACCAUUUUUGUCAUGGUGACUUUCAUCCGCUACAAUGACACGCCCAUCGUCCGGGCAUCUGGGCGGGAACUCAGCUACGUUCUGUUGACGGGGAUCUUUCUUUGCUAUAUCAUCACUUUCCUAAUGAUAGCCAAACCUGAUGUGGCGGUGUGCUCUUUCCGGAGAGUUUUCUUGGGUUUGGGUAUGUGCAUUAGUUAUGCAGCUCUCUUGACCAAAACCAAUAGGAUUUAUCGCAUAUUUGAACAGGGCAAGAAAUCGGUGACAGCUCCCAGACUGAUAAGCCCGACGUCUCAGCUGGCAAUCACUUCCAGUUUAAUAUCAGUUCAGCUUCUAGGUGUUUUCAUUUGGUUUGGUGUCGACCCGCCCAACAUAAUCAUAGACUAUGAUGAACAUAAGACAAUGAACCCUGAGCAGGCCAGGGGAGUUCUCAAAUGUGACAUUACAGAUCUCCAAAUCAUUUGCUCCUUGGGAUAUAGCAUUCUUCUUAUGGUCACAUGUACUGUGUACGCCAUCAAGACUCGGGGUGUACCAGAGAAUUUUAACGAAGCCAAGCCCAUUGGAUUCACUAUGUACACGACAUGUAUAGUAUGGCUUGCCUUCAUUCCAAUUUUUUUUGGAACGGCACAAUCAGCAGAAAAGCUCUACAUACAAACUACCACGCUUACAAUCUCCAUGAACCUAAGUGCGUCAGUGGCGCUGGGGAUGCUAUACAUGCCGAAAGUAUACAUCAUCAUUUUCCACCCUGAACUCAAUGUCCAGAAACGAAAGCGAAGCUUCAAGGCGGUAGUCACAGCAGCCACCAUGUCAUCACGGCUGUCACACAAAUCCAGUGACAGACCCAACGGUGAGGCAAAGACAGAACUCUGUGAAAACGUAGACCCAAACAACUGUAUACCACCAGUAAGAAAGAGUGUACAAAAGUCUGUUACUUGGUACACUAUCCCACCAACAGUAUAG